AUGACCGAUGGCACGUCCGGCGGCGACUUGGACGCACUCUUGGCGGCCCGUGCUAGCGAGCUCGACACACUCAAGGCGCUGGUAGGCGACGUCCUUACGCCUGUGCACGACGACGUCUGGCUGCUGCGGUACCUCCUUAGCAAUGAGACGCCGGCCGCGUGCGAAGCCCCGAUCCGGUUCACGAUUCAGUGGCGGGCCGCGCGGGCCGACACGAUUGCCGCGCUGCACGCUGGCGCCAAGCCCGCGCUUUAUGCCGAGAUUGAAAAGUACUUGGUGGCUGGCGACCACAAGUUGACGUGUCUCGGCGAACCGCUCGUGAUCGUGCGCAUUGGCCUAUGCAACAGCAAGGCACUCAUGAACAACGUCGCGCACGAGAAUGUGGUCGAGUACAUGAUGCUGGCACGGGAGGCGACGAUGGUGUACCUGGACGCCAAGUCGCGCGAGACGCGGACGCUGCUCAAGGCCAUCACGAUCUUGGACUUUUGCGGGUUUUCGCUGCUCCGGGGCCACGACGCACGCUUCUCGCGCGUCCAGGGUGAGUGCAGCAAGCUCUCGGAGCAAAUGUACCCGCAGCUUCUCGGCCGAACCAUCUUUGUCAACACACCGGCGAUCUUUUCGUGGGUCUUUAAGCUUCUCAAACCGCUCCUGAGCGAACGAACGAUCGCCAAGAUGGUCAUCUGCCCCGGCGGCAAGCAACUGAGCGACUGCCCGUACGUCUCGACGUACUUGAAGCUCUCGGACCUCCCGACGUUCCUUGGUGGCCAGUGCACUUGCGACGGGCGCGGCUGCAUCGGCGGUAUCCCCAAUUCGCAGACGACGCCGCUCACCAGCGUCGACGACGACGGCCUUGCCUCCAUGACGCUGGCACCGCGCUCGACGCAAUCAAUCGAGCGCUCAAUUGCCACCGGGUGCGUAUUCGAGUAUACCCUCGGUGUCCCCGGCAAGCGGGUUCUCGUGAGCGUCAGCUUUACAGGUCGGGACACAUCGACGGUGCUACCGAUUCUGCCGGCGCAAUUUCUCGACCAAGCGACCGGGUGCAUCGAUGGCGUGUGGUCCUCGCCCUCGGACGGCGUGAUCACGAUCCGCUUUGAUGCCAACGACGCCGUCUUCCGCAGCCGCGACGUGCAGUACAAGGUCGACGUUGUCGCGUCGUCGUUCUGA